AUGGAGGUUUCUGGAAAGAAGGAAAAUAGACAUCAAGAUCAAACAUCAUCUUCGGGAUCAUCUCAAAAUUAUAAAGUAUGUCAACCUUGUAUAGCUGACGGUGAGAGUUUAGAAGCCGAUGGUUUUUGUCACAACUGCCAGGAAUAUCUUUGUACAACGUGUAUCAAAUAUCACCGCAAAGUAACUGUCAGUAAACAUCAUACUAUUUUAGAUAAGGCUAAUAUGCCGACGAACGUUGAACCACAAACCAUCAAACAACUAUGUACUGAAACCUGCGAGAAACACAAAUUAGAGAUAAUCAAGUACUUCUGCAGUGAUCAUGAUACAGUUGGGUGUGGUAAUUGUAUGGUAAUUGACCACAAAGCAUGCAAGGUUGAGUUUAUCCCGGAUAUAGCUGACGAAUUCAUCAACAGCGAGGAAUAUAAAGCUAUUCUGGCCAGACUCGAGAAACUUCAAACAAAGGUUGAUUCCAGGAUAAUGGCAACAGGGAGAGGCAGGGAAGCAUGUGCUGAAGAAUUCGUUUUCACAGUUCAAGAAAUCAAAAGGUUCCGAAAGGAGAUUGAUGAUUAUCUUAACAAGAUGGAACAAUCAAUACUAAAGGAAUGUGAACGUCUCAGGAAAGAAAAUGAAAAUGUUAUAACCAAAAAUGAGGAUUUCCUGAAAACUAUCAAGUCUGAACUAGAUGAAAUUGCUGAAUGUUUAACGUCAACAAACACUGACCUGUUUGUUGAAGCAAAGCAAACUGAAGCUCGACUGAGUCAGUUAGAGCAAGAUAUGAAGCAAAAUGUAAAUAUGGUAUUCACUGAGUAUACGUUUGUACGUAGCAGUGACUUGGACGCGAUGGUUUCUGGAAGCUGCAGUCUGGGAAAGCUUUCUUCAAAGUCAUAUUGUUAUUACCCUUCAAUGGAAUGCAGCAUUGCUGAAUUUAAACCAGUAUUUGAUAGUGAAAUUAAUGUUCAUUCAAAUACUGACAAAUAUAAUGCCGUUAUUUCAAACUUGCUUCUGUUAUCAUCAGACGCACUUUUAUGCGUAGAUAGAGGUAACAACUCCAUUAAAGUGGUAAACAUAAAACAAAAAUGUAUUUCAUCACAAAUUCUCUUGGAAUCUUGGCCGUGGGAUAUAACGUUCGUAGCCACCAACCAGAUUGCAGUUACAUUACCUGAAAUUGAGAAGAUUUGUUUCCUCUCAGUUACAGACAAGAAACUGACACAAAUCAGAGAAAUUAAAGUCAACGGACAAUGUACAGGGAUAGCUCACUACCAGAAUACAUUGGUGGUAUCUUUUGUGGUACCACCAAAACUUCAAUUUUUAACACUGGACGAAGAGGUUGUACGCAAUAUUACAGCUGCUACUUUAGGUUGGCCAGGUUGUGUAGAAGUUAACGUGUGUGGGAGUAGUUUCUUUGUAUCUGAUUUACACAAGUCUUCAUUGCUGAAGUUUUCGUUUGAUGGAAAAUUACUUGCCACUUAUCAGGACGAAAGUUUGCAGGAACCAAGGUCAUUAACCGUUUGUGAGGAUGGUUCAGCUCUUGUAUGCAGCAGUGAAAAUAAUACCUUACAUCUAGUUUCGCAGGAUUGCAGAAAAAUCAAAAUCUUGCCGAUUGAGAAAGAUAGGCUUAAUUACUUGCAGUCUGUCUGUUUUAAUGAAGCAACUUCCACGUUGUAUCUAAGUAAUUAUUUUGGAAACUCCAUCCUGGUAUACAAGCAGGCAUAA